AAUUUUUUUUUAUUCCAUUUGAAUAAUUUUGAUAUCGUGAUUUAAAACUCACAGGUGCAUAAAAAGUAAUACCAAUUUGACCAUCAUGACUCUUUUCAAAAAAAUUGUGAUAUUUUCCAUGUUGUUUUCAAUGAUAAUAAUAAUGACAGUUCACCAAAUUGAAUCUACCGUCAACAUAUCCACAUCACAAUCAAUUGAAGAAACAGCACAUCCAUUACCACAGAGAAAUCAUACCUGGCGGACCAUUCGAGAAAAUAACUUCCUCUACAUUGACAAGACACCAUUUUUGAUGAAGCUGUUGGAAAAAAAUAGGUCAGUUAUUCUUACUCGGCCUCGUGGUUUUGGUAAAACGACAUUUCUAGACAUGAUGGCAGAUUUCUUUCGAGGGAAAAAAGACCUGUUCAAAGGACUAGCAAUCGACAAAGUGGGAAAUACAAAGCAUUAUCCAUGGAAUAAGUCUGAAACUGGCGAACCUUUGCCAAAAUGGAAGGAAUUUCCAGUAAUUCAUCUCAACUUUGCUGAAAUUUCAAACUUCAACACGAGUAAAGAGUUCGAUGAUGAAUAUCUCUUCCUCCUGAAACGUGCAGCAGAAACAUACAGUGUUGAUGGCGAUGAAAACGAUUUUGAUUUGGAUAAACUUAUUUCGAAAGUAUACUUCAAAUUCAACAAAACAAGUAUCGUCAUAUUGGUGGAUGAAUAUGAUCAUCCUGUUCAACAUGCUCACAAGGUGCUUAACAAUAAACAGCUGGCAAUAAACAUUACACACUCUCUUGAAUCAAUGAUAUCAGUAAUCAAAGCCAAUACUGAAAUGAUCGGUUUUGCAUUAUUUGCCGGUGUGAUGAGAUUAAAUUUCAUGUCCCAAGAAAAUUCAAGCACGAAUGUAUUCAGUGACCUGACGUGGGAUAAAGACCUCUCGGAAGCAUUUGGUUUCACUGAAAAUGAAAUCAAAAAUAAUAUGACUCCGUACUUGAAAAAAUGGGCUCAAAAGAGAUAUAUUACCUCGAAUGCUCAAAGUGAACCCAAUGAUCCCAGGUUACCCGAGAUGAAACUUUUGGAUGAAUUGAGAAGCUGGUACGGUGGGUAUCAAUUUUCGAUAAAAUGUGACGCUGGGGAAGUUUUCAGCCCAUUGUCGACAAUUGAAAGCUUACAGCAACAAGAAUUCGGCAACUACUUUAUAUCAACAAGUGCCAUGCACUUCUUGGUCGCACAAUAUUAUGAGAAAUUUUCAAACUGGGAAAGUUUCAAUGAAUUGCACCUAUAUAAUGCGAGCUCAAUUUAUUGCAUUGAGCACAAUUCUAGAGAAAGUGAGACCCCAUUGCAUAGGUGGAUGUUAUCACACGGUUAUUACACAAUUUCUGACUACGAACUUGUCGUAAAUUAUUGUACUGGUCACCGUGAUAUAGACAGUGUAACGUUGAAAUUUCCAAACAAGGAAAUAGAAGAAGCUAUCGAAUAUAAUGUGGCGAUGUAUCUGCUCGAUGAAAAUAAAUUUAUACACGAGGAUUAUGGUAAUGAUCUUGCGGUAUUUAAUGAAGCAAUGUCGACCCAAGACACUGAAAAGGCAAUGAGAAUUUUGAGCAUUUUUAAAUUCCAACCUUAUCUAAGCCUGAGUCGUUUCUACAGAAAUGCAAAUCCAGGGCAGAUGUCAAGAAGCAUGCGUUUUUUUCUUCAUGCUGCAUCGAUCAACUUCAACUAUCAUGAGGAUGUAAAGUUCAACACUGCUACUAAUUCCACAGCCAAAGUUGGAAAAGUAGAUAGUACUGUUACUAAUUCCAAAGCCAAAGUUGGAAAGGUAGAUACUGGUACUAAUUCCACAGCCAUUGUAGAAAACAUAGAUAACAAUAUCCUGCAGACGACGGAUUUGAACAUGAAUUACAUUAUCAGAAUCCAAACUACGAAUAGCGAAAAUGAAACAGCUCUUCCAGUGAUCGAACAGCUGCUUAGAUAUCAUAAACAUCACCCAGAAUUCUUCACAAAAUUGAUAAAAAAUCAAACAAAUGUCUGCUUCUUGGGUCUUAAUUUUCUGCAUAUUGAUGGAUUCGCCAAACUGAAUAGCUGGAUUGCAUUGUCAUACACCAAGGGCACUUUUCAGAUUUCUGAUGUGGUAGCCCAACCUGGAGAUUUGAAAGAAAGAUUGCUUGGAAAAUACGCUCCUUAGACUGCAGUCAUCCAUACAAGUCAUGAUCCUUGCAUAUCUAGAGCUAACAAUUUGGUAUCUCACUAGAACAUAAAAUUGCUGUUCUUCAGUUUCUUAAAUUCCAAAAAUUUUGAACAUAUAACAAACUAUAAGUUAUUAUUUUGUGAAUUGAAAUACUCGUAGAAAUAUUUUAAAGCAAAGUAGCCAAAAAAAGUUGGACUCGAUAUCAAAUUGGCGGCCAUUUUGAUUGACAGGUCAGCCAAAAUCGCAAAUUUUGCUUUCCCAAAUGAGACUCGCACGAAAUUUUUUCAACUAGACGAAACUAGAUCGAAAGAGCACGCAAAAAUUUAUCACCAGUCAAAAUUUCAAGUGCCAAAGUGCGUUUUUUGAUUUUUGAUAAAUUAAAAAAAAAAGCCAAAUUUAAGCUGAAAAUAAGAAAAAAAUCAAAAUUUCACCAAACUGACCUAGAAAGCUGAAAUUUCGGAUAUACGCCAAUUUCGAUUUACAACCUUGAUUGGAAACGGGUUUAAACCGUUUUGAGCAGUUCUGGAGCCGCCAGAAAAUUUUUGAAACUUGAAAUUUCCACAAAAUCUCAUCAAAUGACGAGCUUCCAGCAGAUUUUUCAAUGCUCGAAAUUUCCGUAAAACUUUACCAAACAGAGUUGGAAAUCCAAAAUUUACUCUAUGCUCCAAUUUAAACACGCUAUCAAGUCGACUGCAGGCAAGUCCAAGUCAUUUUGGAGACUCCAGCGAUUUUUCAAAAUUUAUGGAGUCUUCAGCAGAUUUUUGAAACGUGAAAUUUCCACAAAACCUCAUCAAACGAAGUUUAAAACCCGGAAUCCACACUGCACACCAACUUAAACACUCUAAGUCGACUGCGGGUCAUUUUGGAGCCUCCAGCGACUUUUUGAAAAUUUAUACGAGCCUCCAGCAGAUUUUUCAAUGCUCGAAAUUUUCGUAAAAUUUUACCAACCCGAGUUUAAAAUCCAAAAUUUACACUCUACACUCCAAUUUAAACACGCAAUCAAGUCGACUGCCAGCGAGUUCAGGUCAUUUUGGAGCCUCCAGUGACUUUUGGAAAAUUUAUACAGCCUCUAGCAGAUUUUUGAAACGUGAAAUUUCUACAAAAUUCCAUCAAAUGGGAUUUUUCAAGAGGGAGGGGUGGGCGAGACAAAGUUUUACAUUCAAUUUUUUGCUCUAGCUUUCCAAUGAUUUCGAGCAUCUCAAGAUUUUUUUCAAGCAAACGAACGUCAAAAACACAAUCUUAUUGUUUCAAUUUUUAAUUUUAUUUUCACUUUCAAGUUUCUUGCUAGCCUAUAAUGUAAUGAAAUUGGGUGAACAAAAAACUUUUUUCAACAUAGGUAAAUUUUUAAAAAAUGUAAAAAAAAAUCUGUGAAAAAUCUAAACGACAUUUGAAAAAAAAAAUUAAUUUUUCGAAAUAAAACGAGGAGUUUUGAAGCAAAAUUACGUAAAGGUAUAGUAAAAGAUGAAAUAACAAUUUUGUCAUUUGAUAGGUAUAACUUUGCCUGUCAUUCAAAUAACAUACGAUAAAAAUUUCCAUUGAGAGGUAUAGAAAAGAUGUUUUUGUGUGUGAUGAGUUGCUAAUGUUUUUUUUUUUUUUUUGAAAAAUUCAAAAUUGAAUAAGCUCUUGAAGAUUAGUAUUUUAAGAGGUAUAAAAACGAUUUUUCUUACGUAAAGAAUCAAGUGUUUAUUAUUUCGCUUCAAAAUAUGUAAUUGUAAAAUUUGAAUGAUGAUGAUAAAAAAAGAUCAAACUUGAAAAAGAAAAGAAAAUGAGCCCGAAUGAAGCAAUGCCAAAAGCUUUCAAAAAUUCGUGUUUUGAGAAUUUAAAAAAAAACAAGAUUUCUUACGCAGAAAAGAGGUUUAUUUUUCUGAUCCAUUUUGAAUCUUUCUUGAAUUUGAAUAAUAAGUUUUGUACUCGGAAAGCUCCUAAAAAUGUGCAAUUCAAGUUCUAAAAAACUUGACAAAUGAGCCCUUUUCAACAAAAUGUUUGUCAAAAUUCCAGAAAACGGAGGAAUGAAUUGAAAAUUUGAAGUUUGUUCGAAAAAAAGCAGGACUUUUUGAUGAAGAGUGAUAAAGAGUAAGACACCUGCAGGGCCUGCAGGAUCAUUUAACACUCUGGCUUUAAACUACCCAACCAUGUCUUCAAGUUUCUAUUCGAAUUCGAAUUUUAAAAAUUGAAUAAAAUUAUGAGUUGAUAACUUCGAGUAGGUACACGCAAUUACCUUUCAUCGAUAAAUUUGUAUUCAUUUUAAUUCUCGUAACAUUAUAUGUCUGCGUGAAUUCAAUUGAUUUUGAGAGAACCACUAUUUUAAGCAAUAAUUACCAAUAAUCAGUAGAUAAAAAGAAGAUUAGUUUCACAUACAUAUAAAAUGAAAUUUCAAUUAUCAAGCUCUCGAUAGGAGCAUGAUAAAAAUGAAAAUAAAGCUGGUAGAAAUUCUCUUCAUGUAUACUUACUGCUUCACAUGCGUGAUUUAUUUUUCAACUUAUUUUUUUUCCAUUCGAAUAAUUUUUAUAUCGUGAUAUAAAACAUAGAAGUGCAUAAAAAUUAAUUGAUACCAAUUUAUUGAACAUGGCUCUUUUCACAAAAAUCGUGAUCUUUUCCGAGUUGUUUUCAAUGAUGGUAAUAAUUACAGUUCAUCGAUGUGAAUCUACCAUCAACUUCAACAUACCAUCCACAUCGCAAACAAUCGAAGCAACAGUACGUCCAUUACCACUGAGAAAUCAUACCUGGCGGACCAUUCGCGAAAAUAACUUCCUCUACAUUGACAAAACACCAUUUUUGAUAAAGCUAUUCAAAGUUCAUCGUUUUGUCAUUCUUACUCGGCCUCCAGGUUUCGGUAAAACGAUGUUUAUAGACAUGAUGGCGGAUUUCUUUCGAGGGAAAGAAGACAUGUUCAAAGGACUAGCAAUCGACGCAGUGGGAAACACAAAGUAUUCUCCGUGGACUUGGGGGGAGCACAGAGCUGGAGAGCCUUUUCCAAAAUGGAAGGAAUUUCCAGUUAUUCAUCUGAACUUCAGUGAACUCUCAAAGUUCAAUACAAUAGAAGAAUUUGAUAGUCAUUAUCUCUCUCUUCUGAAACGUAUCGCGGAAACUUAUGGCGUUGAGGUUGAUAAGCGUUAUCAUGAAGAUUUUUAUUUAAGUUGGCUUAUCUGGGAACUGCAUAUCAAAUUCAAUAGAACAAAAGUCAUCCUAUUGGUGGAUGAUUAUGAUUAACCAUUUCAACAUGCCUACACAGUUCUCAACAACACACAGCUGGCAACAUACGUUAAAGAGUCAGUUCACCAUAUGAUGAACGAUAUCCAUGAGGAUGAGGUUGGUCUAGCAUUCUUAGCCUCUGUGUUGAAAUUAAAUCAAGUGUACUUGUAUCGUUCAGGUAUGGAACGCUUCAACGAUAUUACAUUUGAAGAAGAGUUUGCACUAGCAUUUGGUUUCACGGAAAACGAAAUUGAAAAUAACAUGGGCGUGUACUUGAAAAAAUGGGCCCAAAAGAGAUAUGCCACCGUCACCGCGCAAAACAUAUCCGAUGACCUCAGAUCACCCGAGAAAAAAAUUCUAGAUGAAUUAAAAAGCUGGUACGGUGGGUACCAAUUUUCAGAGAAAUGUGACGCAAGUGAAGUUCUCAACCCUAUCUCUACAAUCGAAAGCUUACGAAAACAAGAAUUCGCCUGCUACUGCACGUUCACGGAUUCUAUGCGUUUCUUAGUCGAUGAAUACUAUAAGAAUAGUCACUCCUGGCCCUUAUACACACGCUCGUAUCCAAUCGAUAUGUAUCAUACUUUUCGUAUGGACUACUCUAAUAGCAAUGAGACUCCAUUUCAUUUGUGGUUGUUGUCACACGGAUACCACACCAUUUCUGGUGACUGGCAUGAUGUACAGGUGACAUUUCCGAAUGAGAAAAUAGAAGAAUUUAUCGAAUAUGACCUGGCAAUGUAUCUACCUGGUGAAAACAAAUUUAUACACAAGGAUUAUGGUAAUGAUCUCUCAGAAUUCAAUAAAGCAAUGUCUACCCAAGACACUGAAAAGGCUAUGCAAAUUCUGGGCAAUUUCCAAUUCCAACCUUACAUGUGCUUAUUCAUGUCUGACAAAUAUAUCAAUCCAGGACAGAUGUCAAGAAGCCUGGGCUUUUUUCUUCGCGCUGCAUCGAUCAGUUAUCAAGAUGUUGUAAAGUUCAACGCUGAUUACGAUUCCUAUGAUUCCACAGCGAUUGAAGAAAACUGGAAUAUCCUGCAGACGACGGAUUUGAAUAUGAAUUACAUUAUCAAAAUUCGAACUACGAAUUAUGAAAAUAAAACAGCUCUUCCAGUGAUUGAACAGCUGCUUGGAUAUUAUGAAGAUCACCCAGAAUUAUUCACACAAUCGACAAAAAAUCACACAAAUUUCUGCUUCUUAGGUCUUAAUUUUGUGCUUCUUAAUAAAUCCGUCAAACUGAA